AUGGCUAGCUAUCACUUUAAUGAAGUUUCAUUUCAGCAGCAUCCCUCUCUUGAGUAUUUUGGCCAUCCAGAUGUGGUAACAAAGUUUUACCAACAUAUCCUUUCCUUGGUCUUUGCUGUGAAGGAGAUCAAUGAGAAUCCAAAAAUCUUGUACAAUGUCACUCUUGGCUUCUAUAUUCAUGAUAGCUACUACAAUGCAUUAAUGACCUAUCGGACCACCUUGGACCUACUCUUCAGAUCAGAGAGAUUUGUCCCCAACUAUAAAUGUGACACCAGGAGAAAUCUCAUUUCCAUCAUAGGAGGGCUCAGCUUUGGAACUUCCUCCUAUAUCACAGACCUUGUAAAGUUUUACAAGAUUCCACAGCUCACAUAUGGGUCAUUUACCCCACAAGAUGUUCAUAGCACUGAGAUUCCAUUCUAUUACUCCAUGGUUCCAAAUGAGUCCUCACAGUACAUUGGGAUUAUCCGACUGCUUCAACAUUUUGGGUGGAGAUGGAUUGGGCUCCUUGCUAUUGAUAACAGUCAAGGAGACCAUUUUCUGCAAAGCAUGGAGUCCCUCUUUUCCAGGCAUGGAAUCUGCUCUGCUUCUACAAAAAGAAUCCCAUUUUUAACCUACUGGGACAAGUUUUUUGAAAUGUUAGAAAAAUGGAAAAAUAUUUAUAAACACAUAAUUGAUGAGAAGACCAACAUCUUUAUCAUGUGUGGAGAAUCUUUGACAAUUGCAUGGUUAACGGAUAUAAUUUUUUGGCUUAGCCCUGGACAUGAGCAUAGAUCCUUGGGAAAGGUAUGGAUCAUGACUGCCCAGAUGGAUUAUUUAUUAACAGGAAUGAAUAAAAAAUGGGAUCGGCGGUUCUUUGAUGGUGCCAUUUGCUUUACAGUUCACUCAAAAGAAAUUCCAGGGUUCAAAGAAUUCUUGAAGUUCAUAAAACCUCCUUGGAUUCAAGGAGAUGGAUUUUUUCCACUUUUCUGGGAACAAAUAUUUGACUGUUCAUUACCAUCCCCUUCUUUGACCGAACUGGACAAUCCUUUUUGUACUGGAGAGGAGAGGCUAGAGAACAUUCCUGGGGCUCUUUUUGAGGUAGAGAUGUCUGGGCACAGCUAUAGUAUCUAUAACGCUGUAUCUGUAUUGGCUCAAGCUUUACAUGCUCUCUUCUUACUUCGAUCUAAUCACAGACAUUUUUUGAGGCACAAAUUAUCAGAAUAUGAAGAUUCACAACCAUGGCAGGUGAUUUUUGUGCUACAGCUCCACCAAUUUCUGAAAGGCAUGAAAUUCAACAAUUCUCUUGGAGAAACUUUGACUUUUUAUGAUCAAAAGAAGAUGGAAGGUGGAUUUGAUAUCAUAAAUAUUGUUGUCUUUCCCAAUUCCACUUUCCAGAGACGCAAGAUUGGAAAAGUGGAUCCUGAUGCUUUCAAAGGAAAGGAAUUAGUCAUUAAUGAGGAUAUGAUUGUUUGGCAUAGAUCAUUUAACCAGGUGCUUCCCAUUUCUCUAUGCAAUAAACAUUGUCUCCCUGGUUAUCAAAAGAGGAAGAAUGAAGGAAAGAAAUUCUGCUGUUAUGAUUGUGCUGAAUGUCCAGAGAGGAAAAUCUCUAACGAGAUUGAUACUGUUGCUUGCUUUCAAUGUCCUGAUGAUCAAUAUGCAAACCAUAAGAAAGAUGGAUGCAACAUGAAAACAAUUAGCUUCUUAUCUUAUGAAGAACCUUUAGGACUCAGUUUAGCCACUAUUGCUACUUUAUUUUUCCUCACUACAAUAUGGGUGUUGGGAAUAUUUAUUAAGCACAAAGACAGUCCUAUUGUGAAAGCCAACAACCGGGAUCUCACCUACACUCUCCUCAUCUCCCUUCUGCUUUGCUUCUUCUGCUCUUUGCUCUUUAUUGGACAACCUGGGAGAGUAAACUGUCUCCUCAGACAGUCUGCAUUUGGUCUCACCUUCUCAUUGUCCAUCUCUUGUGUGUUGGCCAAAACGAUCCUUGUUUCUCUUGCCUUCAAGGCCACCAAGCCAGGAUCUCGGAUAAGGACAUGGGUGGGGAAAAGACUGGCUGUUUCUAUUGUCCUUCUCUGCUCUCUGCUCCAAGCAAGUAUCUGUAUUGUUUGGAUAUCCACCUCUCCCCCAUUUCCAGAGUUAGACAUAUACUCAAGAAUUGAAGAAAUGGUUCUACAAUGCAAUGAAGGCUCAGUCUUUAUGUUUUAUUGUGUUCUGAGCUACAUGGCUCUCCUUUCACUUGCCAGCUUCAUUGUGGCCUUCCAGGCUCGUAAACUUCCUGACAGCUUUAAUGAAGCCAAGUUCAUCACCUUCAGCAUGUUGGCUUUCUGCAGUGUGUGGGUCUCCUUUGUUCCAACGUACCUGAGCACCAGAGGAAAAGCCAUGGUGGCUGUGGAAAUAUUCUCCAUUUUGUCUUCUAGUGCUGGGCUUCUAGGAUGCAUCUUUUUCCCCAAAUGUUACAUUAUUGUAUUUAGACCUGAUUUAAACAACAGGGAUCAACUGAUAAGAAGACAUGUUUAA